AUGGAGCCCAAGAAGGCAUCCAGUGCGCGCGGCAACUACGUGCGCCUUGGCAAGAACGCAGAUGUGAUCUACAAGGAGGCCGAUGUCAUUGGCCGCGGUCAGUUCGGUAUUGUGUACCGCGGUCUCAUUCCCGCCUCCGGCACCGUCGUCGCCGUCAAGCUGCUGCAGAAUGUCCCCAUGGUGUUCACUCCAACCUCGGAGCAUGCAAGUCAGCACUUGCGCCAUGCCGACCGGCACGAGGGUAAGGGCAGCCAUCCGGCUGCCCUGUCCUCUGCGGGGCCGUCUUCCUCGUCGUUCGCCCCGCCAUCCAAGCCAAGGUCUCAGGGCUGCCCGUCGGAGCUGGCGAUUCUGUACGACGUGCGCGCCGACAACUGCCCCAACAUCGUGCGCGUCAUUUCCACGUGGAACAAGGUGCUGAGGCCCCCACGUAGCGAGGCAAGCAGCGCGGCAGCGGCCGCCGCGCCGCCGCCUCUAUCGUCGUCCCCCGGCGAGAGUCGACCCUCUCGCAUCUUUGUCAUGGUGACAGAGUACUGCGAGGGUGGCGAUCUACAGCAGUUCAUGAAGGCCCGCGGUGGUGCCCUGCCCGCCCACGUUGCUCGCUCCUUUACUUACCAGCUCUGCAACGCCUUGCUGACACUGAAGCGGCGCCGCAUCGUGCACCGCGAUGUCAAGCCCGCGAACUUGCUUCUGACCUCCGCCGACUGCGAGGUGGCGACGUUAAAGCUGGCAGAUUUUGGGAUGGCCAAGGCUGCCCCGGCACCAGAGAGCCGCAAGGCGGGCCCGGGCAGCGCCAGUGGUGGCAAGGACACCGGCAGCGAGGCGCGUAACGAGGAGGACGAGCCGGCCGACGCCUUCUCCCCGCUGUUCCACUCGGAGAUGGGGACACCGAUGUACAUGUCCCCGGAGCGGCUCGCCCUGCAGCCGUACGGCUACAAAGCUGAUGUAUACUCGGCCGGCAUGGUGCUGCUGGAGAUGAUGCGUGGAUCGUGUGUGCAGGUCAAGUGGGAGUCGCAGCUGUGCUCGGAGGUGCCGCGGACAAUCUGGCGGGAGCUCCGGCAAUACCCACCGGCCGAAGUGCCCGCGUGGCUCGAUCUCGUGCGGCGGAUGACCGCGGCGGAUCCAGCUCAACGGUACUCGGUAGAGGAUGUGCUGCGGCACUCAUGGUUUCACGCGAAGGUGGGGCCGCCGCUGCCGCCGCUGACGUUCCCACUGCCGGAGACAUCAGAGAGCGGCGGUGAGCGACAGCCGCAAGAGACUCGACUAGAGACGGCCGCAACGCCCGCCGUUGGUUGCACCGGUAGCGGCAGCCAGUCGACCGCGCACGCAGAUGCGGACUCCCUCACCGCGGCUGCCGUUGGUGUUCCUGUCACUGGAAGUAAUGAGACGGCUCCCGGGACACCACACCGCCACAACGACCCAACUGUGUGUGCCGGAGGAAAGAGCACCUCGGUUCCUGAGCCGUCGGCGUCUUCGUCCUCCGACGACGGCGAGGCGGGCGAGGGCACACGGCAAGCGAUCAAGGUGGCUGCUCCGUCAAACAAGCACCGCAACUCUCGCCCCGCGGAGCCUUCGAGGUGGAUGGUGCUGGGUGUUUGCGCGGAGGUGGACGCCGUCCACAAUGUCGCAAGCGGUGCCUACACCGGGCCACCAAAGCCGGCACUCGGUGCUCAGGGUGCGUCGCCGGUAACGACCACCGUGCCAAGUGUGGUGACGGCUGAGGCGUUCUCACUGCCACCUGGGUGCGGCCCGCACAUUAUCACUAACGCUGUGCGCUCCUUCGUGGACGUGGUGUACCUUUACGUGCUACAGGACGAGCUGGACGCGGCACGUGGUCUGACGCUGGUGUCCUACCUGAUGGAGCUGAUGCAGAACGGGUACGCGGCGUAUCUGAAGUGCCUCGAGUACCUUGGCUGCAGCUGGCGCCACACAGCAGCGAUGAACAGCUGCACUCUCGGCGGGCACCGGCUCGUGGUGCGCGAGGUAAACGUGCUCUACGGCGUGUGGCGCCAGCUGAUGGCACGCCUGCAUGGCGCACAGGCAGCCUACACGGUGCGGCUUCCAUCACGCAUUUUGGACAGCGCCGCGGCGUGGCGACAGCGGUUGCUGAGAGCGUCGGCCCCUACUGGCGACGAGGCAGCGGGUGCCGACGAAGACGAGGGGGCGCCGACGGCGCUGUUCGUGGAGGAGCCGAGGGACGUGGACGUGAGCGACGCCUCAACGUUGUCGGAGGGUGACAUGAUGAUGUCCACACUCCCUAGUGUCACAUCCAUUUCCAAUGUCGUGGCAGAUACGGAGGCGGCGGAGGGGGCAGGGGUGCCGCUGCUCGCUGCUCCUCCUGCACCGCGGAUUGCGGAGAAGUUGCGCGUUUCUUCCGUCUGCGCGCGCGCGGAGCAGCUCAUCUUUGAAAAGGCAGCUGAGUACGUUCAGUCAGAGGCGUUGUCCAUGCUGAUGGACUCGACGCCGCCGCCCGUUGCCGACGACUUGGGUGCGAUGGACUGCCUGGAAGAGGAGGAGGCAGCGGAGCGAGUGUACCGGAAUCGCACGACGCCGUCCCCUCCGCCAGGGUUGGAGCACCUGUCCACGGCCGCUGACCGUUCCAUGCCUCCACACCGCGGCGUGGCGCUGCUGCGCGUGCUGCUGCGGCGAGCGGUGCUGACGAUCUCUGAGGUCGGUUUAGAGGAAGAGGGGUCUAGGUCAGCGCGCACGCCUGUUGUUGCAUCUGCAACCGAGUCGCUGUCCUAUCUGGUGCCCCCACCGGGACUAAAUCCUAUGUCCGUUGCUGCAGGCAGCGUCAGCGUGGACGCUGUCUCCAAGAUUGUUUUCGUUGUGAAGGUACCGGUGUUUGGCACCCUUGAUCGGACGGAUCUUCGGACGGUCGAAAACCUGCUGCACGCCGCGACCCGCGUGUUCAGCAGCGCACUCUCGUCGACGCGUUAG